GCUGAACGGCACAUCCGGUGUUGCCGCUUUACCUUGCGCUUUUCUAGUCUCUCAGCUGUAAAUAAAGAUGAUUUUGCGGGGAUUUUCACAGCUGCUGAAGUGCAGAGGUGUGAUGAUGAAAAUGAGGAUGAAGAUGAGCGGAGACUCUUCAUCUCUGACCCUCACAGAGCAGCAGGGCGGAAUCAGGAGGAUUAUCCUGAAUAACCCGAGGAAGAGAAACGCUCUGUCUCUGCAGAUGCUGGAGUCUCUGAGAGAAAACAUCCUGACAGACGCCGACAAUCCCGAGCUGCGCGUCAUUAUCAUAUCAGCGGUGGGCCCAGUGUUCUCCUCUGGUCAUGACCUGCAGGAGCUGAGUUCAGCUGAGGGUUCAGAUCUCCAGCGGCGUGUUUUCCACAGCUGUUCUGAGAUCAUGAUGCUGAUCCAGGAUCUGCCGGUGCCGGUCAUUGCCAUGGUGAACGGCGUGGCGACGGCUGCAGGUUGUCAGCUGGUGGCCAGCUGUGACGUUGCUGUCGCGUCGGAGAAAUCAACAUUCGCCACUCCUGGAGUCAAUGUGGGGCUUUUCUGCUCCACGCCGGCGGUGGCCAUCGGACGCACAGUGCCCAGGAAGAUCGCCAUGCAGAUGCUGCUGACGGGACGUCCUCUAUCAGCUCAGCAGGCGCUCCAGCACGGGCUGCUCAGUGCUGUGUUCAGCGAGGAGCGUCUGGAGGACGAGACUCUGGCCAUCGCCCGCCGCGUGUGUGAGUCCAGCCGGCCGGUUGUAGCUCUGGGAAAGCGGAUCUUCAACACACAGAUGAACCAGAGCCGGGACGCCGCCUACAGCACCGCCGGCGCCGCCAUGCUGGACAACCUGAGGCUGCGGGACGGUCAGGAGGGCAUCCGGGCCUUUCUGGAGAAACGCAAACCUGUGUGGAGCAACACAGACAACUGCAUUCACUGACAACACAGCGCAGCAUCAGUGAGCAGUCAUAGAAGCUCUGCACUUUCAUAAACACUCAUGCAUUCUCAUGUUAUAAUAGAGGAGUCGUUGAUUAUAUAUAUAUAUAUAUAUAUAUAUACACAUACAUUUAUAUUCCCACAGACCAGCGGUUUCAACCCUUGACUCAGGACUACUUUAUUUCUGCUGAUCAUCAUCUCCUUGGUUUUAUUAAAGUUGAUCUCCAGUGGACUCCUUUUACACCAAUUUUAAAGCAAAUUUAUAUAACUAUAGUACCAGGGAUCUCCUUCUGCUCCUGUUUUAGUCAACAGGUGCCAUAUUAUCUGCAUAUUUUAAUAACUUAAAUACUUAAAUCCUGGAUCUAGGUUUUAAGUUAUUUAAAUAUGCAGAUGAGAUGGCACCUGUUGGCCGGAAUUAUUCUUAAUCACAAUUAUUAAAAGCAUAAUAAAUAAAGCUAAACUGCAUUACAGCUGUUCAUUCA